UGGUCAUCGUACAAGAAAGGCACUUUGAUCAAACCUCUACUUCUAUACUCAGUGAAAUGAUGGCUACUGCAAUUCCAAAACCUCAGAACUCCUCGAAAUCUCCUUCACCCUCACAGAUAUCUCCACUCCCUCAAAAGCUCGUUUCAAAACUUCCAAAACUCACUCCCCGAAGGCGGCAAACCCCGUCAGCAAACCCGCUGCCUGUGCCAGAGACUCCCGCAUUGCCACCUCCUUCUUCAGCCGCCGAAAACCAGGCUCGAAAAUACAUUAAACCUACGAGACGGAUCCUGUCUCACAAGGACCAUGACCUCUUUCUACAGUCAUCCACCUAUGAGCUUCUUCUCGCUUUUGUAUUUAACCUAAGCGAUUCCGUCCGGGACACGUCUCGCUCCACAGUCGAAAAGCAACCGCUCGUGCCAGAAGUUGAGCGCAUCUUGGGAGUCCUAGACUCAGUGGAGGAAGUCAUCAAUAAAUGCCCGCCCGAAGAACAAGGUGGUUCGCGAUUUGGCAAUCCAGGCUUCCGAGUGUUCCUUGACGCGCUCCACGACGAACUCCAAGGAUGGCACCGAAAGCUCGGUAUUGAAGACCCUGCAGCGAUCGAGGAAGUGUCUACAUACCUGCUUCACUCCUUUGGAAACCGAACACGGAUAGACUAUGGAUCGGGCCACGAGCUCAACUUUAUAGUAUGGCAGCUCUGCCUGUACCGAGUUGGUCUUCUUCCAGAAUCUACGCUACCUGAUCUCGCACUCCGCGUCUUCCCGCGCUAUCUUCGCCUCAUGCGGCAGAUUCAAACAACUUACUAUCUCGAGCCUGCCGGCUCGCACGGCGUGUGGGGUCUCGACGACUACCAAUUUCUUCCAUUCCUCAUUGGCGCUUCCCAGUUGCUCCACCACCCUUAUAUUCGACCCAUGUCGAUCCAUCAGUCCAUUGUUAUUGAGGAGUAUGGCAAGGAUUACCUCUACCUUGACCAGGUAGGGUUUGUGAACAGCGUAAAGAAUGUCGAGGGUCUGCGCUGGCACAGCCCCAUGCUGGACGACAUCUCGGCGGCGAAGAACUGGGGGAAAGUGGAGGGUGGCAUGCGCCGCAUGUUUGUCGCCGAGGUGCUCAAGAAGCUCCCGGUCAUGCAGCACUUCAUGUUUGGCUCCCUUGUCCCAGCUGUAGAGGGGAUGAGUACGGAAGAGGAGUUGGGCAUGGCAAGUGAGGACAGCGAGACAGAAUGUUGUGAAGCCGACGUCACGCAAGAUGGCCAGCAUCAGCACGUACAUCAACAAGCGGGCUGGGGUGAUUGUUGCGGUAUCAAGGUGCCUAGCAGCAUUGGCGCCGCACAGGAGAUGAAAAAACGAAUGGGAGGCACUAGUCUUCGCCGCUUACCAUUCGACUAGUUGCAUCUUACAUCUUGCAUCUCCUGAAGGAGCUUUCCGUUUGACAGGGUCGCUCACAAUAGGAAAGGGAAAUAAAAAAAAAAGCAAACAAAAGAGAGGCAGAAAAGCGAAGGUAUUUGCUAUGCACCGUCUAAGAUUGCUUGCUGUCUCACUAUACCAAAUUAUAACGAAUGUUGUAUGCGUAAUGAAUAAAAUGCUAUACAAGACCUCCAACGCCACGCUUCGAAUCACUGAAACAUGCUGCAGUAUAAACCCCUAAUCCCCUCCAAGCGUUCUAGUUCUUAUACCGAAAUUCUCUUGUGUAGUAUCGUACUAGACUAUCUGCACCAAGCUUGUCGCCUGCUCGCAGAAGUUGAGCGAUGUCCACGUUCAAUGGACUAUCUGGCUCUGGGUCGCUGAGAAGAUGGUGCACACUCGUAAGCG